UCCACCAACUUAUCAAUAUCAUCCUCAUGUAUAUGGCAAAUCUACUUGAAGUUACUGUUGUUGGCUGCAAUAAGCUGAAAGACACAGAAUGGAUAUCAAGACAAGAUCCUUAUGUUUGUGUUGAAUACGGUAAUACCAGAAACCGCACUCGUGUUUGUACAGACGGAGGCAAGAACCCUACGUUCCAAGAGAAAUUUGUAUACACCAUGAUUGAAGGAUUAAGAGAGUUAAACGUUAUGGUUUGGAACAGCAAUACCAUCUCACGCGAUGACUUCAUCGGCAGUGGAAAGGUGCACUUAGUAAAGGUUAUUUCUGAGGGAUACGACGAUAGCUCUUGGCCGUUGCAGACUAAAAAUGGCAGGCAUGGUGGCGAGGUACAAUUAAUAAUGCAUUAUUCGGGUGCCAAUGCAAACAAUUAUUUGCCAUCAGCAAGUGCACCACAUGUGUCUAUGUACUCUGCACCGCCGCAGUCUUACUCCAUGAUUUAUCCACCUGUCUCUACCGGAGCUUAUCCUAUGCCACCAGUAUACCCGCCAUACCCUCCAGCUCAGCAGCCAUAUGGCUCCCACUAUUCUCAUGGUUCUUUAUAUCCAGGAGGGUAUACUCUAUACCGAGGCACAAUUCCUACUAAAGGUGAUGCAGAUGCUAUUGACAUUAGGUUCACGUAUAUAUAAGAAAUUAAUAUCGUUUUAUUGAUUAGAUUUUGAUUAAAAGAGGUUUACCAAAGUAGCUCUAUCACACGUCAAUGAGGCUAGUUAUUGAAUCGUGUUGUAUGGCAAAGUGUUUGUAAGUAUAUAUUGUAAGUUUGAUGAUCUCAGCCAUUCCAUUCGUUGUAUGCUAGUAGUAAUAUGCUAGCUAGGAAAUUGGAUAAUUUGUAUUCCUUGUUGUGUUAAUUAUAGCUCUAAGUAUUGAAUGCUAGACGUAUGUUCAAGUAAAACACAUAUAACG